AACAGUUCGUGUCUGGCUGAAGAGAGACAGUGGGCAGUACUGGCCCAGUAUAUACCAUGCAAUGCCAUCUCCAUGUUCAUGCAUGUCUUUUAACCCGGAAACCAGAAGGCUGUCCAUAGGUCUAGACAAUGGUACAAUCUCAGAAUUCAUUUUAUCGGAAGAUUACAACAAGAUGACGCUAGUGAAAAGUUACCAGGCUCAUCAGAGCAGGGUGAUGAUGAUUCUGUUCGUCCUGGAAAUGGAGUGGGUGUUAAGCACUGGACAAGACAAAAACUUCACGUGGCACUGUUCGGAGAGCGGCCAGCGGCUGGGAGGGUACCGCACCAGCGCAGGCGCCUGUGGCCUGCAAUUUGAUGUGGAAACUCGGCACGUGUUUGUUGGUGAUCAUUCUGGGCAAGUGACCAUACUCAAACUAGAGCAAGAGUCCUGCAGCCUUGUUACGACAUUUAAGGGACACACAGGUGGUGUUACUGCUCUCUGUUGGGACCCAAUACAGCGAGUUUUAUUCUCAGGCAGUUCUGAUCAUUCCAUUAUAAUGUGGGAUAUUGGAGGAAGAAAAGGAACAGCCAUCGAGCUGCAAGGACAUAAUGAUAAAGUUCAGUCUCUCUCCUACGCUCACCACACGCGGCAGCUCAUCUCCUGUGGUGCCGAUGGGGGAAUCGUCGUCUGGAACAUGGACGUUGAGAGGCAGGAG